AAUCACAGAAUGGACUUCGGGAAACUGGUAAUCAGAAUAAUUUUCUUUUCACAAACUAACAUUGGAAUUCUGGGAAAUUUCUCUCUUAUUUUCUACUAUCUAGUCCUUUACUACAGAGAACAUACAUUAAAGCCCAUAGAGUUAAUUCUCAUGCACCUAAUGGCAGCCAAUGCCUUGGUCAUUCUCUCUGCAGGAGUGCCCCAAACAAUGGCAGUUUGGGGACUGAAGCAUUUCUUGAAUGAUUUUGGAUGCAAGCUCUUGUUGUACAUUCAUGGAUUUAGCAGGAGUGUGUCCAUUUGCACCAUCUGCUUCUUGAGUGUCUUCCAGGCCAUGACCAUCAGUCUAAGAAAAUCAUGUUGGAAGGAUCAUAAAGUUAAAGAUGCAAAGUACGUUGGCUCCUUCAUUUCCCUCCUCUGGGUCUUUUAUAUGUUGACAAAUUUGAUUUUCUUUGUCUAUCCAUUCAUCAAAAUGAAUAAUGAAAAUGUGACAAGAAAACGAGAUUUUGGAUAUUGCUACAUGGAAGUGUGGGAUGAAAUCAGUGAUUCACUCUAUGCAGCACUUGUAAUGUGCCCAGAAGUCUUCUUUUCUGGGCUCAUUGCCUGGUCAAGUGGUUCCAUGAUUGUCUUUCUGUACAGACAUAAGCAGAAGAUUCAACACAUCCGCAGCUUUCAUAUUUCUUAUAGAAACUCCCAUGAGUCCAGGGCAACCCAGAACAUUCUUGUCCUGGUAUCUACAUUUCUUGCUUUUUACACUCUCUCCACCAUCUUGCGAGGCUGCAUUGCUCUUUUGUAUAAUCAAAGUUGGUGGUUGGUGAACAUCACUCGCCUCACUUCUCUGUGUUUUCCCUGUUUUGGACCUUUUGUUUUUAUAAGUCACUACUCCAUUGUGUCCAGAUUAAGUUUGGCUCGGGUAAGAAAAAGAAAGAUGAUCUCCUAA